UCACUGAUAUGUAGGCCAUUGGAGGCGCUCACUGUGAGAUAGGGAUUCUUAAUACAACCCGGCACAUUGUAAAUGCCCAACCUCUUUGCGCAUCCGUACGACGCCAUUUCGUGCACUCGCAUUACGAUAUCCUCUGAGCGAGCAGACACGGACUUUGUCAUCAAACAGUACUGCGUCGAAUUUUAAUCAUUUUUAGUCUUAAGCUCCUGACUGAGACAGGGUAUCGGGGCAAGCACCAGUACACCCUCAUCACCAUGACCAUUUACAUGCAGCUGGUUUGAACAGCCGGUCUAAUCAGGCAGACAGACGGCUCGACCUGAAUAACACACAGAAUGGACCGCUCGCCGACAGCCUGCAGCCCUAUGGCGAGUAACGUGACCAACAAGACUGACCCUCGCUCACUGAACUCACGUGUUUUCAUCGGCAACCUGAACACCAUGCUGGUGACCAAGGCCGAUGUGGAGGCUAUCUUCAGCAAGUAUGGCAAGAUUGUGGGCUGUUCCGUGCAUAAGGGCUAUGCCUUUGUCCAGUACGCCAAUGAGCGCAAUGCUCGUGCAGCAGUUUCGGGUGAGGAUGGUCGCAUGAUCGUUGGCCAGGUGCUAGACAUUAACCUGGCAGGUGAACCAAAACCUCACAGAUCGAAGACCAUCAAGCGCUCAGCCGGAGAUAUGUACAGCUCUUCAUUUGAUCUGGACUAUGACUUUCAGAGAGAUUAUUAUGACAGGGUGUACUCAUACCCAUCACGGGUUCCUCCUCCUCCUCCCCCGCUCUCCCGGGCUGUGAUCCCCUCGAAGCGGCCUCGGGUCAGUGUAAGUGGGGGCAGCCGGCGCACCAAGAGCAGCUUCUCCACCAAGAGCAGCAGCCAACGCACCUCCCGCACAAUGAGGGCUGAUGAUCUGCAAGCCAUUAAGAAAGAGCUGACUCAAAUCAAACACAAAGUGGACUACCUGCUGGAGAGCCUGGAGCGAAUGGAAAGAGAACACAGUAAGAAGUCAGAGAUAAAGAGCACUAAAGUGGAGGAGACAUCCCCCCAGCACCCCAGCGGGAAGAAGGAGCGAGAGAACUUGGAAAUUAAUGACUAUGAGGAAGAGGGGGACCUUCUGGAGGAGGAGGAGAUCAAGAGUCGUGGAAGGGAGGAAGAUGAAGAGGAAGAAGGGGAGCAAGAGGAAGGGGAAGAUGAUGGCGACAGUGCUAAUGGAGACCACUCUUAAACAAGAUUUCUUUGCCUCACACAAACACACAGACACAAACAGACUUUAUGUGGAAAGACAUGUGUGUCUAGAACUUUGCCACAUGUGGGAAUGCAUGCAUACAGUUAAAUCCAUGCUUCUCAUUUAAGUUACACAAGCUGGUACUAAAAUGAAAAACAGAAAUCCUGUUGGGAAUUUACAUUUCCUUAUCUGUUGCCCUUCCACAUGCACACAUGAACAUAACCUGACCUUCAUCUCCAGGGGCUUCGUAAACAGAGUUCUCAUUUUCUCUCCAUCUCACCACCACAAACUCCUUCUUUUACCAGUAUGUCGUGAUGAUUCUUGUUUCUAUAGUCCUCUUUUCCUUCACUUCUUUCUCCUAUUUUCUACUUCCUUCAACUGUGAUUUAAAGGCUGAAUGAAUAGAAUAAUUUAUUGUUGCACUGCCCACCCUCACCAGCUAGUAUCACUAAUUGUUUUGUUGUAAAGGUCAAUUGGAUUUGAUUAAAAAUAUUUUACAGGUUGAGUAAGAGGGAGUUGCAGAUCAGUAAUCAAAAGACCUCAUGUAAAGGAGUUUAGCUUGUACAGUAUAUAUUUUAAUUUUUUUCUGUCUUGGUUUGUUGUGACAAGUACAGUAAUAGGAGCACUCAGUUUCAGAGAAAUGUAAUUCGUGUUUGUUGCUCUUUGUUUCUACUUUUUCCAUUUUACUUUCGGUCUGUGUAAUAAAUUUCAAUAAAAUUCUACAUGUU